CUCUCUACUUUUUUCACUCCCUCUUUUGAAUUUAGAGAUUCUAAAAAGGCACCGAUUAUAAGCCGCCUCAUUUAUAAGAUGCUCAAGAACGUUACCCGUCUUGCCUCCGCUACCCGCGUGCCCCUUGCCCGCGCUCUGGCCCGCGCUUCCACCCCUGCUGUGGUCCGUGCCCUCUCUACCUCGACCCCGACCAUGGCUGGUGCCAAGGCUGGUGCUUCGGAGGUUACUUCGAUCCUCGAGGAGCGCAUCCUCGGCGCUGCCAACAAGGUCGACCUUCAGGAGACCGGUCGCGUUCUGUCCGUCGGUGACGGUAUCGCCCGUGUUUACGGUCUGAAGAACGUCCAGGCUGAGGAGAUGGUUGAGUUCUCCAGCGGUGUUCAGGGUAUGGCCCUUAACCUUGAGGCUGAUAACGUCGGUAUUGUCGUCUUCGGUAACGAUCGUCUGAUCAAGGAGGGUGACACUGUCAAGCGUACCGGCUCCAUUGUCGACGUGCCCGUCGGCGAGGGUCUGCUCGGCCGUGUUGUCGACGCUCUGGGUAACCCCAUCGAUGGCAAGGGCCCGAUCAAGGCCGCCAAGCGCUCGCGUGCCAUGGUCAAGGCUCCGGGUAUCAUCCCCCGCCAGUCCGUGCACGAGCCCAUGCAGACCGGUACCAAGUCGAUCGACUCUAUGCUUCCCAUCGGUCGUGGCCAGCGUGAGCUGAUCAUUGGUGACCGUCAGACCGGUAAGACCUCGGUCACUCUCGACACCAUCCUCAACCAGAAGCGCUGGAACGAUGGCAACGACGAGUCCAAGAAGCUGUACUGUGUGUACGUCGCUAUUGGCCAGAAGCGCUCGACUGUCGCCCAGUUCGUCCAGACCCUCGAGGAGAACGACGCCCUCAAGUACUCGAUCGUCGUUGCCGCCACCGCCUCGGAGGCCGCUCCCCUGCAGUACCUCGCUCCGUACUCGGGCUGCGCCAUGGGUGAGUUCUUCCGUGACAACGGCAAGCACGCCCUGAUCAUCUACGACGAUCUGUCGAAGCAGGCUGUUGCCUACCGUCAGAUGUCGCUGCUUCUGCGCCGUCCCCCUGGUCGUGAGGCCUACCCUGGUGAUGUGUUCUACCUUCACUCGCGUCUCCUCGAGCGUGCUGCCAAGAUGAGCAAGGACUUUGGCUCCGGCUCCCUGACUGCUCUGCCCAUCAUUGAGACCCAGGGUGGAGAUGUGUCGGCUUACAUUCCUACCAACGUCAUUUCGAUUACUGACGGACAGGUGUUCCUUGAGGCUGAGCUCUUCUUCAAGGGUGUCCGCCCGGCCAUUAACGUCGGUAUCUCCGUGUCGCGUGUCGGUUCGGCUGCCCAGACCAAGGCCAUGAAGCAGGUCGCUGGUUCGCUCAAGCUCUUCCUUGCCCAGUACCGUGAGGUUGCCGCUUUCGCCCAGUUCGGUUCCGAUCUCGAUGCCUCGACUCAGUUCCUGCUCAACCGUGGUGCCCGCCUCACUGAGAUGCUCAAGCAGCCGCAGUACUCGCCCCUGUCGGUCGAGAGCCAGGUCGCCAUCAUCUUCGCCGGUGUCAACGGUUUCCUGGACAAGGUCCCGACCAACCGUGUCGUCGAGUUCGAGCAGAAGUUCCUGCCGUUCAUCACCUCGAACCACGCUGACAUCCUCGAGACCAUCCGCACCAAGGCCCAGAUCGACGAGGCCACCGACAAGAAGCUGCGCGAGAUCACCGGUGACUUUGUCAAGUCGUUCCUGUAAACGGCUUUGGCAGACAGCAUUGUUUUCUCCGUCGCAAGUGUCCGGUGAAGUGGAGGAUGCAGCUUGGGGCAGUCGCCUAUAUUCCAUUUGCGUCUGCUCUGGCCAUUUUUCGUUUCGCUUGACCUAGUUUCUUUUCAUUUUUCUUCUCCUUCUAUAACUUGUUUCUUAGCCGAGUCUUUGAAUACCAGAUUGUUUUUCAACACAU